AUUGUACAGUACAUUGGGGAGAUCUGCCGCUACUUGCUGAGCCAGCCGGAGCGGGCGGUGGAGAGACAGCACCGUGUGCGAAUGGCCCUGGGGAAUGGCCUACGCCCGUCCAUCUGGGAGGAGUUCACUUCCCGCUUCCACAUCCCUCAGGUCGCUGAGUUUUACGGAGCCACGGAGUGUAACUGCAGCCUCGGGAACUUCGACAACAAGGUUGGUUCUUGUGGAUUCAACAGCCGCAUCCUGCCAUUUGUCUACCCGAUCCGAUUGGUCAAGGUGAAUGAGGACACCAUGGAGCUGGUUCGAGGUCCUGAUGGUGUCUGCAUCCCCUGUAAACCAGGUGAGGCGGGUCAGUUGGUCGGUCGGAUUGUCCAGAGUGACCCCCUGCGGAGGUUCGAUGGAUACGUCAAUGAGACAGCGACCACCAAAAAAAUCGCACGUGACGUGUUCAAGAAGGGAGACGCUGCCUACCUGUCAG